UCAUAUGUCCAGGAAGAAGAAAGUUGUUAUCAAUGAGAACCAUCUCUAUACAGGGAUGGGGGCGCUGCCUCCCAUCUCCCCAAGGACGAAGUCCAGGAAUGAACAUUCCUUGGAUAAGAAAGGAAAGACCAUGUCCCCCAGGAAAUAUCCCAAUAAUUUCCCUGGCAAGAGGCUCUACCCUGAACCAAAGCCUCAGAGCACUCUUGAGGAUAACACAGAUGAUAAAACUGGGAUCUUGAAGAUACUUCAGCAGACCAAGGAUGAGAUCAAGAAGCAAAUCCAGGAACUGUAUGAUGAAGGAGACCCUGAAUUAUUUCUCCAAUAUGCCAAAACAGUGAGUAACUAUAAUCCAAAACUCUAUGUAUUUGACUUAUAUCCCACUAAGCCACCUAAAGAAAUUGUCGAAGCAGCAAGGAGAGAUGUAAUCUCAGAUAGUGAUAGCUUUGUGAGCUCUAACAGGAUCCCAACUAAGCUAUCAAAGAAGUAUCUACAAAAGAUCAAAGAUCGUUUCAACUUCAAUGAACAAGACGGAGAGCUCCCACCCAAGCUAAGAAGAGAUGCUAUAAAGUUUGAUCUUCUUCAUAAGCAACAAAAAUUGGAAAGACUCAACCGUGAGUUAGUCAAAAUUACCACUGAUCAUACUGAUUAUGAAGGACUCAAAAAGAUUGAACACACCAACCUCAAGCUAGACUAUCUCAGUGCUAAAUAUGAUGAAGUCCAAUGAUUCAAGGAAACAUUGAGAUACAUGCUAGAGCGAGAUCUUCAGAUUCUAGAGAACAAGAAGUACACUAUCCAGCAACUCAAAGCCAAGAAGAGGCAGAUCGAGCAAAGAGAUAAGGAGGUGAAUCAAGAGAUUGCCAAGAACAAGCUUGAUACUCAUAAAUAUCUCAGAGAGAAGCAGCUUCAUUCUGAAAAGUUCAAAAAUUAUAUCCAAGACAUGAAUGAAGCUGCCACUCAAAUGCUCAGAGAUUUCGAAGAGACCAUGAAGGUUAAGGAAAUCUGAAGGAUAAUCCAAACUGAUGAUGAUAGCAUUAAGAAAGUCAAUGAGCAAGCAUUUGCAAUGCAGCCUCGCAAGAGAGCAAAGACUAACAAACUCUUUGACAUGGACACAAAGAGUGCUGAAAAGUUAGAGAAAUACGAGAGUGACUACAAGAAAGUAAUCUCAAGGACCCAGGUCAGGAAUGUCCUUGAGCUCAAGGAUUAUUACUUCCACCAACAAAGCACUCAAAAACUUCUCAUGGAAGAGAUCAAGGACCUAGAAAAGGAAAGAGAAAGCAAGAAAGAUCAGUUAGACAAGCUCAAAAAGACCAGAGAAAUAUUCAAAGACAAGAAAGAUGAGAAAGAUAAGUUUGAACAAGAGAAUAACAACUAUACAUGGGUUGAUGAUGUUGAAAGUGGAGCUAAGCUCCUUAUUCUCCAGGAUAAAACUGGAUUUAGACACCAACAUAAGUCAAAGAUAGAAGGGAUUAGAAAUAGAAUCUCUCAUCUCAAGUCACUUUCUUCAGAAGCAUUAUUGGUUAUAAGUAGAGUUGCAUACCAAUUGAAGGAAGAUCAUCAAGAGAUACGACAGAACAAUAUCUUGCAAAUACUUUCAUUUUGAGGAUUAAGACUAGAGUACAUCACGAAUGUCCUCUUCAAGAAUAGAAUUUACAAGCUGAAACAAGAUCCGGUCGCUGAAGAUCUUGGUCUCAAAAAUAUCUGCUAUGCUAGUGUAAAAGACAGCAAUGAUCUAGAUUCAACCAAUUACCAAGAAGGUAAUAGUGGUGGAAAGUCUUUAAAAUCAAAGAAGGCAGCUCUUCCAGACCCAGAUGAGCACAAAUAUCAUCAAAAUGAGAGAGAAAAGGUCAAGGAAUUCCACAGAUCAAACACAGUCGUCUCUCCCAUCUUCAAAACAAUAGACAAAGUCAAGUCUUCCAAAGACCCUCAAGACCUCGAAACCCUCCAAAUCUCAAAAGCUCUUCAAAAAGUCUCAAAAAUGAGUAACAAAAAGGCCCAAAAGCAGCUAAAAAAGAUGAUCAGCAUCUUCAAAUAGUCCAAAAUUCAUUAAAAUUCAACUAAAA